UACUGUAUACCCUGCAUACCCCUAUACCUUGUGCCCAUGUUUACCCUAGUAGUACUGUAUACCCUGCAUACCCCUAUAUAUCUUGUGCACCCAUGUUUACCUAAUAGUACUGUAUACCCUGUAUACCCCUAUAUACCUUGUGCACCCAUGUUUACCCUAGUAAUACUGUAUACCCUGUAUACCCCUAUAUAUCUUGUGUGCCCAUGUUUACCCUAAUAGUACUGUAUACCCUGUAUACCCCUAUACUACCUUAUUUGUGCCCAUGUUUACCCUAGUAAUACUGUAUACCCUGUAUACCCUAUAUAUCUUGUGUACCCAUAUUUACCCUAAUAAUACUGUAUACCCUGUAUACCCCUAUAUACCUUGUGCACCCACGUUUACCCUAGUAAUACUGUAUACCCUGCAUGCCCCUAUAUACCUUGUGCACCCAUGUUUACCCUAAUAGUACUGUAUACCCUGUAUACCCCUAUAUAUCUUGUGCCCAUGUUCACUCUAGUAGUACUGUAUACCCUGCAUACCCCUAUAUACCUUGUGCACCCAUGUUUACCUUAUAGUACUGUAUACCCUCUAUACUCCUUUAUAUCUUGUGUACCCAUGUUUUCCUAGUAAUACUGUAUACCCUGUAUACCCCUAUAUAUCUUGUGUGUACCCAUGUUUACCCCUAAUAGUACUGUAUACCCUGUAUACCCUAUAUAUACCUUGUAUGUUUACCCUAAUAGUACUGUAUACCCUGUAUGUUUACCCUUAGUAUACCCAUGUUUACCCUAGUAAUACUGUAUACCCUGAAUACCCCUAUAUAUCUUGUGUACCCAUGUUUACCCUAAUAGUACUGUAUACCCUGUAUACCCCUAUAUACCUUGUGCACCCACGUUUACCCUGGUAAUACUGUAUACCCUGCAUACCCCUAUAUACCUUGUGCACCCAUGUUUACCCUAAUAGUACUGUAUACCCUGUAUACCCCUAUAUAUCUUGUGUACCCAUGUUCACUCUAGUAGUACUGUAUACCCUGCAUACCCCUAUAUACCUUGUGCACCCAUGUCUACCCUAAUAGUACUGUAUACCCUCUAUACCCCUUUAUAUCUUGUGUACCCAUGUUUUCCCUAAAAAUACUGUAUACCCUGUAUACCCCUGUGUACCCAUGAAUACCCUAGUAAUACUGUAUACCUUGUAUACCCCUAUAUAUCCUGUGUACUCAUGUUUACCCAAGUAAUACUGUAUACCCUGUAUACCCUUAUAUAUCUUGUGUACCCAUGUUUACUCUAGUAGUACUGUAUACCCUGCAUACCCCUAUAUACCUUGUGCACCCAUGUUUACCCUAGUAGUACUGUAUACCCUGCAUACCCCUAUAUAUCUUGUGCACCCAUGUUUACCCUAAUAGUACUGUAUACCCUGUAUACCCCUAUAUACCUUGUGUACCCAUGUUUACCCUAGUAAUACUGUAUACCCUGUAUACCCCUAUAUAUCUUGUGUACCCAUGUUUACCCUAAUAGUACUGUAUACCCUGUAUACCCCUAUAUACCUUGUGUACCCAUGUUUACCCUAGUAAUACUGUAUACCCUGUAUACCCCUAUAUAUCUUGUGUACCCAUGUUUACCCUAAUAGUACUGUAUACCCUGUAUACCCCUAUAUACCUUGUGCACCCACGUUUACCCUAGUAAUACUGUAUACCCUGCAUACCCCUAUAUACCUUGUGCACCCAUGUUUACCCUAAUAGUACUGUAUACCCUGUAUACCCCUAUAUAUCUUGUGUACCCAUGUUCACUCUAGUAGUACUGUAUACCCUGCAUACCCCUAUAUACCUUGUGCACCCAUGUUUACCUUAAUAGUACUGUAUACCCUCUAUACUCCUUUAUAUCUUGUGUACCCAUGUUUUCCCUAGUAAUACUGUAUACCCUGUAUACCCCUAUAUAUCUUGUGUACCCAUGUUUACCCUAAUAGUACUGUAUACCCUGUAUACCCCUAUAUACCUUGUGCACCCAUGUUUACCCUAAUAGUACUGUAUACCCUGCAUACCCCCAUAUACCUUGUGUACCCAUGUUUACCCUAAUAAUACUGUAUACCCUAUAUACCCCUAUAUACCUUGUGUACCCAUGUUUACCCUAGUAAUACUGUAUACCCUGUAUACCCCUAUAUAUCUUGUGUACCCAUGUUUACCCUAGUAGUACUGUAUACCCUGCAUACCCCUAUAUACCUUGUGCACCCAUGUUUACAGUAAUAGUACGGUUUACCCUGUAUACCCUGUAUACCCUGUAUACCCUGUAUACCCCUAUACAGUAAUAGUACUGUUUACCCUGUAUACCCUGUAUACCCUUACAUAUUUUGA